UAGACUGCAGGGCAAUGUUUACAAAAAAACUAGAACGAAUGUAUCAUCCACCGUCCAAUCUGAAUAAAUACGACAAUGAAGGCUACAUGAAGAAUCCACUACUUAAAUUUCGGCUAGCCGAUGUUCAACGCGAGCGACAUUCCCGGUUUUUGAAAUACCGCGCCGCCGUCGAAAAAGUCAACCUAUGCCGCCAUCCACUGCCGCCGGAACCAGAUGUCUAUGAUUUACGCGAAAUUGAUUACAUCGAUAAUUUACGCCGGCAGGUGCGUAAAAUUGAAGUGCCAAAAAUGUUGCGGAAAACGGAAAAGAAGAUACUCAGUUUUGCACCAAAUCGUUUGAAAGGCAAGUACCCCGAACUGGUCGACAACUAUAUGAAGGAUGUGCACGAAGAAUUCGAUCGCCUCAUGAAGAUUUACAGCAUGAACUGCAUACUAGUGCAUCCGGAAUUCGGCGAUGAAGAUCCCGCACAGUUUGUGUUGCCGCGAAAAGAUUUCCAUUUCAAAUUACCCGGACGGACAGCAAAUUAUCCGAAAUUUUUGGAGAAUAAACGCAAGCUAAGCAAAAAGUUACUCAUUGUAUAUCCACAGGUGCGCUUAAUUCUGAAUUCUUCCGAAUUGGAGUUUCCAAAAACAAUGGUUGUCUUAGAUCCGGUUAUGCUCGGUUCGAGUCAUUUGCAGACCGUUGUGGGAUUGGGUGGUCGAGAGGCGAUGUUCUAUAAAACUUUCAUAAAAUAUGUGGAUAAGAAUUUGGAGGAAGUUGGAAAUUUCAUACGCUGGAGUUGGUAUCCGAAAAUGGUGUCGAUAAUACGUCGACAAUUUCGCAGACGUACCGUACCGAAUUGGCUAAGAUGGCGAAUGUUCAAAUGCCUGGAAGCGCUAAUGAAUAGACAAAUAAAUGAGUUGAAAAUAAAUACACUAAAUGAGUUUCUACGUGUGGGUAGCUUAGAGCGCAAAAUUCCAAUGUUAAAAAUCAAUACGGUCUACAAUGAAGACGGUAACUCUAUAGAUUUAGAUCCGAGUUUGGAGGCAAUAUACGACAUGUACGAUGGCCUGGUGGACGCUGUAGCACAGGUGGUGGCCGCAAUAGAGCCACUAGAGCCGCAAAUCGAUUCAACUUUUCUCAAUAUGGCAGCUGAUUUUCUACGAAUUGGCAUGAAUGAAAACUGGCUUAACGAAUUUAAGUUGAAAUUAAGAAAGGCCCUACACCGAACAUACAAACCGAUCCAAGCGUACAUUGAUGGCUAUCAAUCCAAAUAUUACGGCCUCUAUUCGCAAAAGGUGCGCGAUGAGCUCGAUGAGUUUUUGAGAGAAUCGCACGAAUUUGAAGAGUACUUCCAGCGCAUCGAGACCUAUUUUAAGUUCAUAAAUAUGUUGCAAAGUGAACCGGAAAAUGAUUUUUUCGAAAUGGUUGUAAUAUGCAACAAGGCGGCGAUUAUCUCGUUGCGUCACAUUGCCGAUAGUCUAAUUGCGCGUAUCACCGAGCAAAUUGUCAAGGAGCAUAUCAAGGCUGAGGAGGAAAUUUGUGCCGGUUUCGAAGAUAUCAAAGUGAAGGCAUUAACUAUACCCAGAUCCACAGAGGAAUUGCUCGAGAGUGCCGAGUAUAUGAUAAGGGUGAAGAAGGAGUUGAUAUUCGAAUUACUCGAUCGCAUACAAUAUUGUCUGCAAGUUGGCACAAAUCUCAUUGAACUAACCGAAAUGGAGCCAUAUCAUUUCAAUCUUACCAUACGCACCAUCAAUUGGUUGAAAGAUAUUAAUGAAAUUUGUGAUUAUAACGCUUCACAGCAGGAACAUUAUAAAUUCCUGUUCGAGGAGCAUUUGCAAGAUGUUAUAAGGAAAUUAAAUGAGGAUAUAGAGGCGAUGAUACCAAAUCUAACGAUCAUUGACGACAUGAGCGAACCGGAACAAUUUCGUCAUAAUUAUAUACUUUUACAAAACUUUAUUAGACAAUUGAAGACUUUCGAUGACUAUGUCCAGUGGAUUAAUAAGGAAGAGAAGUUAUUUAAAAUGGCACAAACGCUAUAUCCUAAGCUGGAAGUUAUGAAGGGAUUCAUAAAACCAUUUGCAGAAUUAAUGAAAUCUUGCAUUGAAUGGAUGCGCUACCUAAAUGUUUGGAUGUAUGGACCUUUCGAGUAUCUGGAGCCGAAAUUUGUCGAAGAAACCACAGAUGACUUCUUAAAAGAGUUCCAGAAAAAUCAAAAAUACUAUCGCGUGAAAAUUCGACAAGAUCAAAUAGAAAAUCCGAUAUGCAUGUUCAGGGGCCAAACAGAAGAUCCUGACCCGGAGAAGCAUCCUGUACCCAUACGACUGUGCACUAAAAUGAUACAAACAAUCAAGAAUUUCACCACCGGCGUAUUUAUCGUGAACAUUAUGUGCAAUCCCGCACUACGUAAACGACACUGGAAAGAGAUGUCCGAGAUCGCGGGGUUUGAUAUAACACCUGAUGCAGGCACAACACUUAAAAAGAUUAUUGACAUGAAUCUGGACACUAAGCUCGAUCUUUUUGAAAUUAUUAGCAUUGGUGCAAACAAAGAACUACAGCUACAAAAUAAUUUACAUGCAAUGAUCAAAGAAUGGGACUCUCGAGUCUUUCCUACCGGCCCCUACAAGGACACAGGCGUGAUGAUACUUUCCAAUUUGGAUGAUAUACAGGCAUUGUUAGAUGAUCACAUACUCAAAACGCUUACAAUGCGUGGCUCAGCCUUCAUGAAGCCAUGCGAAGAGGAAGUGUUGGCCUGGUAUGAAAAGAUAAUGCGCGUAAAUGCCACACUCGAUCAGUGGGGCAAGGUGCAGUCGAAUUUCCUAUACUUGUUACCGAUAUUCAGCUCGAAAGAUAUUGUGGCGCAAAUGCCGGAAGAAGGCCGUCUGUUUACGGUAGUUGAACAGACGUUUACCCGCAACAUGGGUUUGGUGUUGCGUCAACCGCUGGUCAUGGAGACCGCGCCCCAAGCCGGACUACUCGAAUCGCUAAUAAACGCAAAUGAAUUGCUCGACGACAUAACAACCGGUGUUAGUAAUUAUUUAGAAAAGAAACGACUAUUUUUCCCGCGAUUUUUCUUCUUAUCGAAUGAUGAAAUGCUAGAAAUAUUAUCCGAAACCAAAGAUCCAUUGCGUGUGCAACCGCACUUGAGUAAAUGUUUCGAAGGCAUCAAUUUGCUCGAAUUCGAUGCGGAAAAGAAUGUGCUGGCGAUGAUGAGUAGUGACAGCGAAAAGGUGAAAUUCGUUGAACAAGUUUCGACCGCUGCCGCAGGUGGCAGUGUGGAAAAAUGGUUGGUUGGCGUUGAAGCGGAAAUGCUUAAAGCUGUGCGCAACGAAAUGGAUCGUUCAUAUGGGCAUUAUCCGACAGUGAAGCGUUACGAUUGGGUACUACAUUGGCCGCAAAUGGUGGUGCUGUGUGUUUCGCAGGUGUACUGGGCAUCCAUGGUGCACAUGAACUUGCGACGUUCGGCAUUGAAUCAGAUCGCUAUGAAUGAUUUCUUCAGUAGUCUAAACAAAGAUUUGAAUGACAUUGUAGCGCUCAUACGCUCAACGCAUAUAAAUAAUCUGAAUCGCAUAACUAUUAAGUCGCUGAUCGUAAUUGAUGUGCACGCAAAGGAUGUCGUUGAAGAGCUGAUACGCAUGAAAAUAAGCAGUGAAUUCGACUUUCAAUGGAUGGCUCAGCUGCGUUAUUACUGGGAGAAUGGUGACAGCCUUGUGCGCAUAAUUAAUGCAACGGUACCCUAUGCUAAUGAGUACUUGGGAAAUUCAGACCGUUUGGUAAUUACGCCACUCACUGAUCGUUGCUACCGCACCCUAGUUGGCGCCUAUCAACUACAUUUAAAUGGCGCACCAGAAGGACCCGCCGGCACUGGCAAAACGGAGACGACAAAAGAUUUGGCCAAAGCGCUAGCCGUGCAGUGUAAGGUAUUCAAUUGUUCUGACGGCUUGGACUACAAAGCGAUGGGCAAGUUUUUCAAAGGUUUAGCGUCCUGUGGCGCAUGGGCUUGCUUCGAUGAAUUCAAUCGCAUUGAGUUGGAGGUGCUCUCUGUGGUCGCACAACAGAUUCUACUUAUCGUACAGGCUGUACGUGCAAAGGCUGUUAAAUUCAUUUUCGAAGGCACUGAACUUACACUCAAUCCGGCUUGCUAUGUAUGCAUUACCAUGAACCCCGGCUAUGCGGGACGUUCUGAGUUGCCCGAUAAUCUAAAAGUGCUCUUCCGCUCGGUGGCAAUGAUGGUGCCAGACUAUGCAAUGAUUGGCGAGAUAUCGUUAUACUCCUAUGGUUUUGUGGAUGCACGUAAAUUGUCUGUGAAAAUCGUGACGACAUAUCGCUUGUGCUCAGAACAGUUAUCCAUGCAGAAUCACUAUGAUUAUGGUAUGCGCGCAGUGAAGACUGUACUCUCGGCGUGCGGAAAUUUAAAAAAGAAAUACCCGAAUGAUUGGGAGGACAUAUUGUUGCUGCGUUCACUGCUCGAUGUUAAUCUGCCCAAAUUCAUGUCCUUCGACAUACCACUCUUCGAGGGUAUCAUAUCGGACAUAUUUCCUGGUGUAGUUUUGCCUGAGACUGAUUAUAGCUUGAUUGAGGAGGAAUUCCAACGUAUUUGCGGUGAAAUGAUACUUGAACCGACUGAAAGUUUUCUUACCAAAGUCAUACAAACUUAUGAAAUGAUAAUUGUGCGUCAUGGAUUUAUGUUGGUCGGUGAGCCACUAGCUGGGAAGAGUAAAACACUGCAAGUGCUAGCGAAAGUGCUGUCGGCGCUGAAAAUAAAGGCGCCAAGCAAAAGCUCCUACUUUCAAGAUGUGCAAAUGGGCAUAAUGAAUCCAAAAUCUAUAACCAUGAAUCAGUUAUACGGCUCAUUCGAUCCCGUCUCAUACGAGUGGAAUGAUGGAAUUAUAGCGAAAAUAUUUCGUGAGUUCGCUAUGACUCCCACGCCGGACAGGAAAUGGGUCAUCUUUGAUGGACCGGUUGACGCAGUUUGGAUAGAAAAUAUGAACACCGUCUUGGAUGACAAUAAAAAAUUGUGUCUCAAUUCGGGCGAGGUUAUAACGAUGAGCAACGAGAUGUCUAUGAUUUUCGAGGUAAUGGAUUUGGCGCAGGCAUCGCCGGCGACGGUAUCACGCUGUGGCAUGAUUUAUAUGGAGACAGCUUCGUUGGGUUGGCCUUCGUUUGCGAAUUGUUGGCUAAAGAAAUGCAACCCCGUCUGGGCUGAUGAUGAGACCAAGGAGUACAUAAUGGAGUUUUUCAAAUGGCUAUUGGAACCGUGCCAAGCUUUUAUACGCAAGCACUGUAAAGAACACAUCAAACCAGGUGAAUUUAAUUGUUUGACCACAACAUUUGACAUCAUUGAAAUGCUGCUGGACGACGCGGUUUUGGAGAAUCCCGAUGAGUAUCAAAGACACAUGCCAAUUUAUGUACAAGCAUCCAUACUCUACUCGUUUGUUUGGGGUGUGGCCGGUGUAUUAGAUUCAGAAACUAGAGAAAAGUUUGAUGCAUUUCUCAAAGGUAUGUGGCUAGGUGAAGACAUACCUGCCAGUAUUGGCAAAUUGGAAAUAUCUGUACCCGUGGAAGGACUGCUUGUCGACUAUGUGUACGUGUUCAAGCAACGUGGGGCAUGGAAAUCUUGGGCAGAACUAGCCAAACGCAUGGACGUCGAAGAGAACUCAAUGGGCGUGCAGGUGCCAACUAUAGAUACAGCCAGAUAUAUACAUAUUCUCGAAAUGCAUAUCAAGAACAACAAAAAGAUGCUGCUUGUAGGACCAACCGGCACUGGCAAGAGCGCUUACAUUCAGAACUAUCUUAUGAAUAAAAUAGAUCGAAAUUUGAUCGAAUCGGCUUUUAUUACGUUUACCGUUAUGAUAACAGCAAAUCAAACUCAAGAGUUACUCAUCUCAAAGCUGGUCAAGUGGAAACGCGGCAUCUAUGGCCCUCCGAAGGGUAUGAAAACUCUACUUUUCGUUGACGAUAUGAAUAUGCCAGUGAAGGAGAUAUACGGCGCACAACCGCCACUAGAACUACUGCGACAAUACUUUGACUAUGGUUACGUCUACGAUCUGAAGGACACAUCUAAAAUAUUCAUAAAUGAUCUAAUGGUACUAACCGCCUGUGGCUUGCCGGGCGGCAGUCGGCAGGACGUUUACGCCCGCUUCCUCAACCAUUUCAAUGUGUUCUCGAUCAAUACAUUCGGCGAUGAAACUAUGAAUCGCAUUUUCGUCAAUGUGCUGAUGAACGGUUUCAAGCGUUCGGGUCACGGCAAUGAUGUGCUCGUUGCCACAAACCAAAUUGUUAGCGCUACACAGCAGAUAUAUAAAAGUGUGCAGGCCGAAUUGAGGGCAACGCCGACUAAAUCGCAUUAUGUCUUCAAUUUGCGCGAUAUCUCACGCGUUGUCUCCGCAUGUGCGCUAUUCAAGAAGGAAUCGGCUAAUGAUAAGAAAAUGUUUCCACGCCUGUGGUAUCAUGAAGCAAUGCGCGUCUUUUACGAUCGUCUCGUUGAUGAUGCUGAUCGGCAGUGGAUGUUCCAGAAGUUGAACGAUUGUGUCAAAAACAAUUUCAGAGAGAAGCUGGAGUCAGUAUUCGAAAAUUAUUGUAUCACUGUGGUCGGUGAUUUGGUUUUCACACUUGAAGGUGCGCAUCGUAUAUUUUUUGGCGCCUACAUGGACGAGGACAACAUACCCGAUGAGCGGCGUUAUGAGGAGCUGCCAUCGUUGGAAGUAUUCUUCAAAUUUGCCACGACUAGCUUAGAAGAUUACAAUUCCACGCGCCGUUCCAAGAUGGAUAUCACUUUAUUUACCUUUGCGCUGGAGCACCUAAAUCGUAUCUGCCGCAUUAUCGCGAUUAAUGGUGCCAGUGCCUUGCUGAUCGGCAUGGGCGGCUCGGGCAGGCAAUCACUUACCAAAUUGGCUGCGAAUAUGGUGCAGACGUCAUUCUUUCAGCCCGAGAUUACCAAGAACUAUGGGCCCAAUGAUUGGCAUGAUGACAUAAAAAACAUUAUGAAAGAAUCAGGUGGCAUGAAUAGGCAUACCGUAUUUCUUAUGACCGAGAAUCAGAUAAAAAUGGAACUUUUCCUGCAAGACAUUGAUUGCCUGCUAAAUCAGGGCGAAGUGCCGAAUGUGUAUGCAAUCGAUGAGAAACAAGAGAUUCUAGAGCUAGUGCGUUUGGCGGCGCAAGGUGGUAACCGCAAUAUUGACAUUUCACCGCUGCAGGUGUUUUCAUUCUUCGUCAAUCGCUGCAAACAGAAACUGCAUAUUGUGCUUUGCCUGUCGCCAAUCGGCGAUUCGCUUCGGACGCGCGUACGUUUAUAUCCAUCAUUGGUGAACUGCUGCACCAUUGACUGGUACCAGAGCUGGCCGGAAGAAGCUUUGACAAUGAUCGCAAAAAUAUCACUAGAAGAUGUCAAUGUACCAUCUGCCGGCAUAAAAGAUGCCAUCGUACAAACCUGUCAAUACUUUCAUAUUAGUGCGGCCCGAGUUUGCCGCGAGUUCUGCGAACUUACCGGUCGCUACAUAUACCAGACAAACGCAUCAUUCCUCGAGUUGAUCAAAUCAUUUCAAACUUUGAUUGGACGCAAGCAGAUGGAAAUUAUGCAGGCCAAAAUGCGCUACAUUGGCGGUUUGGAUACGCUAGCCAAUGCCGCAGAAGCAAUUGCGUUGAUGCAGAAGGAGUUGAAUGCUUUGCAGCCGCAGCUGGUUGCUCUGGCUGAGAAGUCACGCCAGAUGUUAAUUGAAAUCAAUAAAGAGACGAUUGCGGCCAGUGCCGCUGCUGAGCAGGUGAAGAAGGACGAAUUGGUGGCCGCAGUGCAGGCCGAGGCAGCACAGGGUCUGAAAGAUGAGUGCGAAAAAGACUUGGCGCAAGCUAUACCCGUGCUAGAAGAAGCUAUACAGGCGCUUAACACACUGAAACCGACCGACAUUACCUUGGUGAAGUCAAUGAAAAAUCCACCACCCGUUAUAAAGUUAGUUAUGGCUGCGGUUUGUGUCAUCAAAGGAGUGCCGCCAGAGAGAAUACCCGAUCCUAGUACGGGUAAAAUGGUGAACGACUAUUGGGGCCCAAGUAAGCGCAUAUUAGGUGAAAUUAACUUUCUUCAACAGUUGAAAGACUUCGAUAAGGACAACAUAAAACCAGAGAUUAUGGCGCGCAUACGCAAAGAAUUCAUACCCAAUAAAGACUUUCAGCCGCGCAUAGUUGCCAAGGCGUCCAGCGCUGCGGAGGGUUUAUGCAAAUGGAUCAUAGCGAUGGAUUUGUAUGACAAUGUGGCAAAAGUGGUUGCGCCUAAAAAAGCUAAAUUAGCUGCUGCUGAGAAGGAGUACUCAGACACAAUGAAAUUUUUGACAGAGAAGCGUGAACUGGCAGCAGCAUUGGAGGCAAAGGUCGCCAAACUCAACGAGGAAUUGGACAAGGCAAAUGCCGAAAUGAAGCGUACACAGGAUGAGGCAGACUUCUGUCAGAGUAAAUUGGAGCGUGCGACAGCGCUGAUUGAUGGUUUAGGUGGCGAAAAGUCGCGCUGGACGCAAGCGGCUGAAAAUCUACAAAGCAUUUACGACAAUUUACCCGGCGAUAUUCUCCUCUCGUGCGGCAUCAUCGCAUAUCUAUCCGCUGUAAAUCUCCACUUCAGAUUCCAGUGCACUGCAGACUGGUUUCAACGUUGUGUCAAAGCUGGCAUACCAACCUCAAAAGAAUACAAUAUCACCACAACGCUUGGUUUGGAAAUCACAAUACAAAAUUGGAAUAUUAACGGUCUGCCCAAAGAUGUGUUCUCAACAGAGAAUGCGAUCAUAGCCGACAAUUCGAGUCGUUUUAGUUUGUUUAUCGAUCCGCAGGGUCAAGCCAAUAAUUGGAUUAAGAAUAUGGAAAGAAAAAAUCGCCUAAGCAGUGUUAAGUUCAAUCAGGCUAAUUAUAUGAAAGUUAUCGCUGAAUGUAUGGAGUAUGGUUCACCAGUGAUUAUUGAAAAUGUGCUUGAGGAACUAGAGGUGCCGCUUGAUCCGAUUCUGCAGCGGAACACUUUUAGACAAGGCGGUCAAAAUUUCAUUAGUUUGGGCGAUAAUAUUGUACCAUUUAGUGACAAUUUUCGCAUGUACAUGACGUGUAACUUACGAAAUCCACAUUUCCUACCCGAAACCUUCAACAAAGUAACGGUUAUUAACUUUGCGCUUACGCAAAACGCACUCGAGGAUCAACUUCUGAGCAUCGUGGUUGCGAAAGAACGACCCGAUCUACAAGAAUUGCGGAUGAUGUUAAUCAAUGAAGCAGCGAAGAAUAAAGCUGCCUUGCGGGAUGCUGAGAAUAUGAUCCUAAAGACUCUAUCUUCCGCAGAGGGUGAUAUUCUUGAAAAUGAAAGCGCAAUACAGAUUCUGAAUGAAUCGAAGGUACUAUCAUUGGAAAUUGUCACCAAACAAGCCGCAUCCCGUGAAACCGAAAUGAAAAUAGAAGCCUUCCGACUAAACUAUAAACCUGUAGCAGUGCAUUCAUCCGUACUUUACUAUUCUAUAACCGAUUUGCCAAAUAUCGAUCCUAUGUAUCAGUUUUCGCUGAAUUGGUAUAUAAAUCUCUACGAGUAUUCUAUCGAGUCUGCUAAUAAGUCCAGAGAUCUGCCGCGGCGCAUCAAGUUCCUAGUGGAUGGAGUGACAAGAAAUCUGUACAAUAAUGUUUGCCGCUCGAUAUUUGAGAAAGACAAGUUGCUCUUCUCUUUUAUUCUCACUUGUCGCAUUUUAUUGGGAACUGGUCAGCUGAAGAUGGUGCAGCUUUCGCAUUUGCUAACUGAUGCUAAGGAAGUCGAAAAACUGCCACCCAAUCCCGACACCUCUUGGAUUACGGAUGUUAUAUGGUUGAACAUAGCGCGUUUAGAAGAAAUUCCUGAGUUGCGUGGGUUUUCGGCCAGUUUCGCGAAAGCACUACCCGAUUGGAAGCGUAUCUACGAUCACAUUGAGCCCGAAAAUCAGACAAUGCCGGCACCUUGGAGUGAUAAGCUGUCGCGGUUCGAAAAGAUACUUGUUUUGAAGGCAUUGCGCCCUGAUAAGGUAUUCCUAGCCAUACGUAAUUUCAUCGCUUCCGAAAUGGGUGUACAAUUUGUAACGCCACCCGAAUUCGACAUUGGCAUGUCCUAUAAGGAGUCGAACGCAUUAGCACCACUUAUAUUCAUACUCUCACCCGGCGCCGAUCCGCUGGGUUCCCUGCUCGCAUAUGCUGAGAAAUCCGGUUACAUGGAUACCUUUCAAAGCAUAUCACUGGGCCAAGGACAAGGUCCCAUUGCGCAGGGUCUCAUUAAGGAUGCUCAAGAAUUGGGCUAUUGGGUUUGUUUGCAAAAUUGUCACUUGGCCGCUUCAUGGAUGCCGACAUUGGAGUAUAUCUGGGAAAAUAUGGACACCUUUAACACCUCACCCGGCUUCCGUUUAUGGCUUACCAGCUAUCCAACCCCGAAAUUUCCGGUGGCUUUGUUACAAAAUGGCGUGAAGAUGACAAAUGAACCGCCCACUGGUCUAAAAGAAAACAUCAUACGUUCAUAUAACUCAGAGCCAAUCAACGAUCCAACCUUCUACUUAGGUUGCGCCAAGCAAGAUCGCGCCUUUACGCGUUUACUCUUUGGUAUUUGCUUUUUCCAUGCAGUAGUGCAGGAGCGUCGUAAGUAUGGACCAUUAGGUUGGAAUAUCGCCUAUGGCUUCAAUGAGUCCGAUCUUCAAAUUUCCGUUAUGCAAUUGAGCAUGUUGCUUAAUCAAUAUGACCAUGUACCCUAUGAUGCCUUGUCCUACUUGACAGCCGAAUGCAAUUACGGUGGUCGCGUCACAGACUAUUGGGAUCGUCGCGCUAUUGUCACCAUAUUAGCUGAUUAUUUAAAUGCAGAUGCGGUGAACGAUAAUCGCUAUCGCUUCGCUACAGACGAUCGCUUCAUAUUGCCACGCAAGACGGAACACCGUGAAAUUUUACGUUAUGUAGAUGAAAAUUAUCCCUCAUUAGCAGCACCAGAAGUUUACGGCCUGCAUGGCAAUUCAGGCAUUACGCGAGAUCUUCAAACUACUAAAACACUACUUGACUCGAUGAUUGCGAUUGUUGGUAGCGAGAUGGCAUCAACUGGCGCUGGCGCACAGAGUCUAGACGAAACGCUGCUACAAACUAUUGCUCAAAUUGUCAAAGCAAUGCCGGCCGACAUGGAUAUUGAUGAUGCUAAAAUCAAGUAUCCAGUUAAUUAUGACGAGUCUAUGAAUACGGUUUUGGUACAGGAAAUGGAACGUUUCCUGAAAUUGCAAAAAGAAAUACGCGCCUCGUGUCGUGAUCUCGAUAUGGCUAUAAAAGGAAUUGUUGUGAUGACGCCCGAAUUGGAGAAUGUGCUCAAUGCUAUUAAACUAAAUCGCAUACCGGCCAAGUGGUUGACCAAAUCAUAUCCUAGUCUAAAAACGUUGGCUUCUUAUAUUCAAGAUUUAUAUAAGCGCCUCGACUGGUUGCAUCAUUGGCAUGUGCACGGUAAGCCGCCGACGUUUUGGCUGUCUGGCUUUUUCUUCACUCAAGCUUUUCUUACUGGUGCUAUGCAGAAUUUCGCACGCAAAUACAAAAUUCCAAUUGAUACGCUAACAUUUGAUUUUGAUGUGCUAUAUGAGGAUAGCAUGAAAUCGCCACCAGCGGAUGGUGUCUUCGUAAAUGGACUGUUCCUUGAAGGCGCUAGAUGGAAUUUGAAGGAAAACAUCAUAGAUGAGCAACUACCAAAAAUACUUAUUUACACAGUGCCUGCCAUUUAUUUUAAGCCGCUGGAGAUUAUCAAACUUGUCGAAGGUACACGCUACAAAUGCCCUCUAUACAAAACAUCUGAACGCAAAGGUGUUCUUUCAACUACCGGACAUUCCACCAACUAUGUUAUUCCGAUACUACUAAAAACGAGACUCAAAGCCUCUCAUUGGGUUAAACGUAGCGCUGCUUUACUAUGUCAAAAAACCGAUUAGUUUAAUUUAGUUCAUCCCUCAUGCGUAUAUGCAUAUUUUUUAUUAUUUUUGUAUUCAAUGGUUUCAAUAUUUAAUUCAAACAUUACAUGAAAUAUAUACAUAUGUAUUUUUUGAUAAUCAAUACAUAACUUUUGGCACGAUGUUUCAAAUAAGAUAUAAUCGAUCAUUAGUGACCUCGUGGACGCUUUGUGGCAUCGUACACAAAAAUAUAUGUAUUCAGAAAAAAAAA